AUGUCGAUAUGUAGUAAAGUCCAAAAUAUCAACAAAAUUAAUAUUAUUAAUAAAACUAAUAUCAUUAAUAAAAUAAAUAACAUUAAUAGCAUUACACAUUAUCAUUCCACUACCCAACUAUUUUUCGCUGUCAAACCACAAAAAGAAAAACCAAGUAAUGCUAAAGCAGCAGCAGCAGGAGUUAAAGGAAAAGAGGGAGGAAAAGAGGGAGGAAAAGAGGAAGGAAAAGAGGGAAAAGAUAAAAAACCCAAAGUUUGGAGACACAUAAAAGGUUUCUUGUUUAAACAGUUUUUGGCUAACGAAGGAAAACUUUAUGAACACCCAAAACUUAAUGGACCUAAUUAUAUGGGAUCUGCUUUUUGCCCCUUUCCAAUGAAUCCAUAUUUCAAAGUACAACCUCCAUUAACAGAUCGUACAAGAGAACAAAUUUGGAAUGAGUAUACGGAACAAGGAAAAACCGUGAGAGAAAUUGAUUUUGCUUUGAAUAUGGAAAAAAUGUUAGGAGCAAAAACAAUUUUAUCAGAAAAUUUAACUGAAACUUUACCUCAAGUGGGAAAACCGAAGUUUCAUUUAGUUGAUGAAGGAAAAGAUUUUGUUUCUGAUGACGCAGCCAAAAUUUUAAACCGUCCAACGAUCAAAGAAGAAACAUCAAGAGAAGAAUUACUUCGUCAACAAUUUACCACCUCACUAGGAGGAAAAAGUAAAAAUCAACAUUUACGUAACGUGAUAGAAAUCGGAAGUGAUAAAGAAAUUACUAAUAGGCGAUGGGCUUUUCGAUUUAAAAAUGUUGGAGAGAAUCCAUGCAUCAUUAUUCGAGAGCGAGAUGGAAAAUUAUUAAAAGCGGAUUUACCGGAACGUUCACCAUUAUCAUCAUGA